CGCCUUCUCCCCGUCUCACUCUUCAGAUUUGGUAACCGUCAGACUAGUCGCUGUAUCACUCACUGUUUUUAGUAUGUAUAUCUGCACGCCCAUUUUACUGAAUAAAUGAAAAAAACAUGCAACAAAUUAUGGACAUGUAUUCAUUGAAACGUUCCAAUAUAUGCAUUUCCGUAUAUUAGAUUCAGUAUUAGGCUGGCGAAUACAACACACUAUUUACAAUGCAGAUUUGAAAACCUCACUGACAUAACAUUCUGGAUUGUAAGAGGACGGGCACAACAUGUUGGCUUAUCCAGCUUGUGGCUACUUUGACUGAGCUUGCCGACGGGAAAAUGGAGCAGAGAGUGAGAGCGAGUGAGCUUAAGAGAGAUAGAAAUCGAAGGAGGGAGGGAAACAGCGAAAAAGGGAGAGAGAGAAAGAGAGAGGUGGGGAUAGAGUGAAAUAAAGUAAGGUCGACAAGAAGGCUUAAAAUCAGAAAAAGAGAGAGAAAACAAUGAAAAAUAAACUUAACAAAAGGAAGUAGGUUAAAUGAAUAAGAAAAAGAGAGAAUAACAUAUGAGUGAGAAAGGGAGAGAGGAAAGAAGAAGAAGAAGAAGAAGAAGAAGAAGAAGAAGAAGAAGAAGAAGAAGAAGAAGAAGAAGAAGAAGAAGAAGAAGAAGAGAGACGGUACGGUGGUGUUGUUGGCGGUAGUGGUGGAGACCUGGCGAGAAAACCAUUUAUAAGAAAUAUUUAAAUGAACUCUCUUUUUGUUGCUCAUUGUAAGACUUGUGUAAUCUUCGUAAUAGGAUAGCGUCUGAAAUGCGUCCCAGUGAAAAUGUGUUAUUUCUUUACCGUUACAACUCAAAAGUAAACGAUGAUUAUAUCAUCGUGGGUUAGUUGCUGAAGAAACAUAUUCGGGCUCUAUUCAAUUCUAUCUAAUUCAGAUGACUAAACAUUCAACUUGAAGAUAACCUUCAUCACAAUCUUGAUAUUCACUUGCUUGUCGAUAGGAGAAGAGAAACGAAAAAGAAAAGAAAAAAAGACGUCAUUGUAAAGGUCGAUAAGCCGAUGGUCAGAAAAUAACCAAUGGAUUUUAUUGUACAGAGAACUCGGUCACAUGAGAAAUUGUGCAGCUUGGACGCUGAAACGAACACAGGCAUUGGUUGAAAUGCUAUAUAAGAGUUUGUUACUACUAGACUUGACUGAGAAGACCCAAGCGUGGUUUUGGCGCUAAAUUCGAAAUCAUGAUAUCAAGUUAACUGACAUUCCUUCUUGCAAUUUUGCAGAGUUUCCGGCAACAAAAACUCUAUGCAGUCACCAGGAGUCCAGGCACUAACAGCAAAAUCCAUAAGAAAAACAUUUUUUCGAGCUGACAUUGACUGCAAGAAGAAGAGGAACGACGACAACAACAACAACAACAACAACAACAACAGCAUACAACCUAUAACACGUUGAAUGAUUGUUGGAAAAGACGGCUUGCUAUUGGUGGUCAUCUGGAAGAUCUCCUGUAUCUGGAGGUUAAGUUUGAAGUAAGGCGAUUGCAACAUGUUUCAAUCCGUGACGAAGUUUUUUACCAAACGAAAUACAAAGCAUCAUAAAAGGUCAUUUGAUAAAGAUUACAAUGCAGCGAACGCGUUCAUACUUCUCGUCACAGAGAAAAUGGAGGAAUUAUCAAAUAUCAAAACUCAAACUGCCAGCGAUCGCUAUGAAAUUGAGUCUAAUGAAAAUAGCGAACAGAGUUCUGACAGUUACAGCUAUUGCGAUAACUUGAAUACUAAUGAUUCUGCUGUUUAUUACAAAAAUAAAAAUCUCUGUGAUUCACGCAGUGUUAGUGCAACAAAUGUUAGAGAAAGGAGAAAACAUUCGAGUUGUAAUAAGAACGGAUCUGUUUGUGAAAACGAAACACUCCAGAAAGAUAUCAUUUCUGCCGAUAAAUUCCCCGCAAAUACACAAGUGGAAUAUGACCAGCUGAAUAAUCUACAUGAAUCAGGCUGUGCUAAUUGGGAUAAUUCUAAAAAAUGUAUUAGCAGGAAUAAUUGCAAAUUUAAGCGUCGAACUAAAGUUGAUUAUUCUUGGUUAUUUGAUAGAAAAAAUAUUCCACGAUUGAACAGAUUCGACCGGGGGAAAUUACGAGAAUGUUGUCAGUUAAUGACUUAUGAUCAGAGUAUAUUAGCAUAUGAUGUACUUCAAAAACUCAUUGAAGAUAUAUCAGAACCGUCGGUUAUCCCAGAAAUAUUAGAUACCAUUAUUAUGUAUAUACUUGGGCAAGAGAAAGAAUCCGCAAGUUUUAAAGAUCUCUUCAGGAGAAGAAACCUAACCGAAAUCUGCUGGCAAGGAUACAUGCGUCCCUUCGGCCUAAUUUUAUCAGCGCUUUUUCCGAAAAAAUUUAAACAAUCGCCUGAUCCUGAUCGUCAAAAUGAAGCAAUCAAAAUAGCAAGCGUUGUUAAAGAAUCCCUUAUGAAAAAAUGCAAUAAGGUUUUUGUGAAUAAGGCUUCAACAGAAAGCGAUGUAUUCGAGUCACCAAAUGAGGCUAAAGACAUCAAUGUAGUGUAUGUUCAAAGAGUGGACCAGGACCGAGGACAAACAAGUGCACAGAAAUCUUAUGGGAAUCAACAAUCAUAUAAACUUUGCAAAAUAGAUAAGUUUUAUUUUAGAAAUUCAAACAAUAUAUUGUCAAAUAGCAUGUAUAGAUCUCAGAUUUGCCGUUUACAACCUGCCAGCAGAGAAAGGAUUAAUAGUGAAGCACAAUUCAGAAGAAGGAAAAGAUUAAUAAAGCGUCGUUCUCAAGCAGUAACUGUACGAGUGAUUCGUGAUUUCAACUCUAAGCCAUAGAAAAUAAACAAUUAGAAUAAAUAAAGUUAACAUCUGCCAAUUU